CUCAUUCAGGGAGCUAUGGCACAGCUGGACCAGGAGUCCCUAAAAUCCUGGGCCUCUUUUAGCACGAUGUUUAGCGAUGAUCAAGUUUUUGCUGAGGGGGUUAGAGGCCAGUCUUCGAACUGGUCUUCCACCGGCCAGUCGUCAAGCCCCAGUGGCCCCGGCAGCAGUCCAGUGGCAAGCAGCAGCGAGGACACAUGCAGUCUACACAGCUGGAGCUCAGGAGUUACCUGCCUGCUGCACAGCUCCAUCAAGAAGCACAGCCAGGAAGCCUUUCAGAGCCGACUCAGAGGGGAGAGAGGGAGGAGAGGGUUUACUGUGGCUCCAUCCAGUGCAACAGAUCAUCCACGGGCUAAUGAGGGUGGGGGCUGCCGCCACAAAGACCAGCACCUUGUGUGGGGGUGCACACAAACUUGUUUGGGUGAGGAGGUAAAACUAGAGAGGGUGCUGGAGGAGAGGAUCAAAGCCAAGCAGAGAUUUUCACAGUUCCUGGACGAGGUUACGGGCAAUGUGCUGAAGCGCAACAGCCUGAAGGCAUUUGGAAAACCGGUGCCUCCAUCUGGACUCGUCGCCAUAAUCCCAAAUCUGCCCGAAGUCCGCGAGCAAGUGGUGAUGCCCAGGCUGCCCCGAUCAAUGGCCCAGGAGCAAAGCCCUCUAAUUCUGCAGAAACCCCCAGAAGAUGCGACUUCCCUUGGCUCAUCACAGAAAAUGUAUCUGGAAACGGACAUCGACUCUGUCAGGAGGGAUGACUACCCACAGAACCUGGAGAUGAAAGCCGAGUCGUCGUCUCAGCUGGAGACGGACGAUAAAACGUUGAUUCCUCCUCCUCCGGAGUUUUGUCAAGGGUUUAAAAUGAGGAUUCCUGUUCUGGAGCUUCGUCACGACUUCCCGAGAUACCCCUACAGAUCUGUGUCUCUGCCCAGGGGCAUCAACAUGCUGCCUGACGAGGAGAUGAACAACGUAGACCCUAUCAGCUCAUUGCUGGAGCAAAAGGAGGAUCUGCGGAAAAGACUUUCCUACACAACACACAAGCUGGAGCUGCUGCAGAGCGAGUUCGACUCCACGAGGCAGUACCUGGAGACGGAGCUGCGCCGAGCCCAGGAGGAGCUGGACAAGUUCACGGAUAAGCUUCGCAGAAUACAAAGCAGCUACUCGGCACUGCAGAGGAUCAACCAAGAUCUGGAGGAAAAGAUCCACAGAGAUUCGCAGCACCACGAAGAUGAAAAACGAGCUCUGAGCAGGGAAAUCAUUGUCCUCAACAACCACCUGAUGGAGGCGAAGCUCACCAUCGAGAAGCUGCAAGAGGACAAUGAGCUUUACAGAAAAGACUGUAACUUGGCUGUUCAGCUGCUGCAGUGCAACAAGUCUCUGUACAGAGCUCAGCUCUCUGAGCUUCCUGCGGAUUUUCAGGAGCGACUGACCAUGCAUCUGGAGGAAUCCCCUCUCUGCCACGACUACGCCGACUCUACGUCCCUCAUUGCCAACGUGCUUGAAAAGCCAGAUGACGCCUGCAGCAGCAGUCAAGCGUCCCGCUCCCCCAGCCCCCAAACCCAGAACCAUACUUUUAUUCUGGAGAGGCUGGGCCCCGGAGAGCGCCUCGGGCUCCGAGCGGCUUAUAAAUCCGACCUGUACAGCAGCGACACGGCCCUGUACUGCCCUGACGACCGUCACCGCGAGCGGAGGCCCAGCAUGGACGUUCACAGCCACCGGACGUUCCUGUACGAGCCGCAAAACUCCACCGACAGCACUCCCGAGGAGGGCUCUGUGGGACUGAGAGCCGGCUUCUCCCAGGAGCACUUCCCCAAGUUCCCCGCCGCGCUGGCUGGAGGCUCCAGCUCCUACUCCAGCUUCAGCGGCGCUGGGUCUGAGGACAAAGGCAACGACCCGCCGAGUAGCGCAGCGUCCUCGCCGCACCAUCACUCCCUCUACAUGGAGUGGAGAGAUGCAGGGGACUACGAACGAAAGAGCGACUCGUCCUGGGAGCGGGACAGUCCGAGGAGCUUCGGGAACACUCACCCCUUCCCGCAGACCGAGCUGAGCCACCACCAGAACGGCAGCUCGCCGGUCUACAGCCGCACCAUGUCCUCCUGUUUCAGCGAGCCCUACGAGCCGCUGCCGCCGUCUUCCUCCCCAAGCGUCGCUUACGGGGACAGCCGUCGGGGCAGCACCUUGGCCCCUGAGGAGGAGGAGCUGAUCGGCCGAUGGAGGCAGCUCAGCGUGGAGGACCUAAGCGCCCACUCCUACCGCAGCCCAGGCAGAGCCUCGCCUUACAGCUUCUCAGAGCAGCACUUUUCCGUCCGCCCCGCCAAGAUCCGCCUGGGGCCGCUCUACAGCAGCUUCCAGGAGGGGGCCGACUACUACCACCACGGCGCAGAUGCCAUGGACCCGGCGUGGGUCGCCGCCAGCCCCGAAUGCAGUCCCGGCCUGCGGCAAGCGCACAGCCAGGCCCACCUGUACCGCAGUGAAGACAGCCAGGGCUCGGAGCACAGCCUCUACCACUCAGGGAGCUCCAAAGAGAGGGAGGGCAACGUCGCAGCUGGAGGCCAGAGCGCCGAGUACGUUGACCCCAGUCCCAACAGCUCCACCGAGUCCCUCAACCAGAGGUCUCUGGAGAUGGCCGCCGAGCUGCAGCACUAUCAGAUGGAGAUGCACAGCAUGCCCGCGCAGGUAAGCCAGCAGCCACCGCCGACUCCACCGCCUCCUCCUCCGUACAACCAAAAGUUUGGCUCUUUGGGCCUCUCGCGGAAGGACAGCCUUACGAAGGCCCAGCUUUACGGAACGCUUCUGAACUGAAGGACCUUUGAACCCAGUUUUAACCUUUGACGUGACACGAGGAUGCCACCAUUUAGCUGAAAAAUGGCUCGCAAAGCUGCCAGGAGCCAAGCGGUUCAUGCCAAUGAAGUCACCGGAGAUAAUUUAGGAGGGACGACUACGUGGUAGAGGACUGCAGAUAUGUGGGGGGGAAGCUGGCCAGGGUUACGGCAUAAAAGGGGAGCGCGGAGUUCAGGACAUGUUUAAGAUGUAUAGGAACGUGUACGUAUUUAAGUUACAAAUAUAUAGAAAACAUACUAAGUAAAAACUGAGUGAUUAUAUUUUAUAAGUAGUUGUUGGCAACAAAUUUAUCCAAAAAGUGCAGUUCCCCUCGAUAAUCCUGCAAGUUGUACAUAAAUGGAAAACUGCCAGUGCCGUGUGUAAAAAGCUCAGAUUAGAACCGAGACGAGUCUCUACUAGCUGCACAUGGGGUAGUUUCAGUCGCUAUUUUUAAUCAGCUGAAACGAUCUCGGCCUUGUGAGGAGUGUUUAAUUGAGAGAUCAGUUACGAAUGAAUCCCUUAAAUGACAGACAGACAUUUCUCUUCUGUUAAUUGAGUUAAGCAGUAUUGAUGGGUGUGAUUUCUUGUUAUUGAUGGAACGUUUUGAGAUGUGAACAUCUGUCUUAGCAGUCAGUAUUUAUUUAUUACAUUUUUUUUUUUUAUUGCACUUCUGUUUUCUCCUCAAGAGGUCCUCCUGCCCCCGUUCUACCUCAAAUUUGGAUGCCCAGACCCACCUAAGCCUCUUUCUUUGACAAUGAUGCAUGGUCAUAUAUUUUUGUUGUUUUGUUCUCUUAAUAAAGCACAAAUUAUAUGUAUAA